CAGCCUCAGCUCCCGCUGCUUCGCCCUGCUUGCUACUUCCCCGUCUCUCACGUCUCCCACGUCUCCCCGGCUCCGCUCGGUUCUGUGACCACCCCGCAGCCCCCGCCCCGGUGCCAUGGCCGCUGCGUACCGCCCCGGCCUGCGGCUUAGCUGGCGUGGGCUGAGCCCCUGGGGCUGGUCGUCAUGCCGCAGCAUCCAGACCCUGCGCGUGCUCAGUGGAGAUCUGGGCCAGCUGCCUGCUGGAGUCCGGGACUUUGUGGAGCGCAGUGCCCGCCUGUGCCAACCAGAGAGCAUCCACAUCUGCGAUGGGACCGAGGCCGAGAAUACUGCCACAUUGACCCUGCUGGAGCAGCAAGGGCUCAUCCGAAAGCUCCCCAAGUACAAUAACUGCUGGCUGGCCCGCACAGACCCCAAGGAUGUGGCACGCGUAGAGAGCAAGACGGUGAUUGUGACCCCCUCUCAGCGGGACACGGUGCCACUACCAGCUGGUGGGGCCCGUGGACAGCUGGGCAACUGGAUGUCCCCAGCUGAAUUCCAGCGAGCUGUGGACGAGAGGUUUCCGGGCUGCAUGCAGGGCCGCACCAUGUACGUGCUUCCAUUCAGCAUGGGCCCUGUGGGCUCCCCGCUGGCCCGCAUCGGGGUACAGCUCACCGACUCGGCCUACGUGGUGGCGAGCAUGCGCAUUAUGACGCGGCUGGGGACGCCCGUGCUUCAGGCCCUGGGAGAUGGGGACUUUGUCAAGUGUCUGCACUCCGUGGGCCAGCCGCUCACUGGGCCAGGGGAUCCGGUGAGCCAGUGGCCAUGCAACCCAGAGAAAACCCUGAUUGGCCACGUGCCUGACCAGCGGGAGAUCGUCUCCUUCGGCAGCGGCUAUGGUGGCAACUCCCUGCUGGGCAAGAAGUGCUUUGCCCUGCGCAUCGCCUCGCGGCUGGCCCGGGAUGAGGGUUGGCUGGCGGAGCACAUGCUGAUCCUGGGCAUCACCAGCCCCGCAGGGAAGAAGCGCUACGUGGCAGCCGCCUUCCCCAGCGCUUGUGGCAAGACGAACCUGGCCAUGAUGCGGCCCACGCUGCCAGGCUGGAAAGUGGAGUGUGUGGGGGAUGACAUCGCCUGGAUGAGGUUUGACAGCGAAGGUCGACUCCGGGCCAUCAACCCUGAGAACGGCUUCUUCGGUGUGGCCCCUGGCACCUCUGCCACCACCAAUCCCAAUGCCAUGGCCACAAUCCAGAGCAAUACUCUCUUUACCAACGUGGCUGAGACCAGCGAUGGAGGCGUGUAUUGGGAGGGCAUCGACCAACCCCUUCCACCUGGUGUCACCGUGACCUCCUGGCUGGGCAAACCCUGGAAACCUGGUGACAAGGAGCCCUGUGCACAUCCCAACUCUCGCUUCUGUGCCCCUGCUCGGCAGUGCCCCAUCAUGGACCCAGCGUGGGAGGCCCCAGAGGGUGUCCCCAUUGAUGCCAUCAUCUUUGGAGGCCGCAGACCCAAAGGGGUACCCCUGGUUUACGAGGCCUUCAACUGGCGUCAUGGGGUGUUCGUGGGCAGUGCCAUGCGCUCUGAGUCCACUGCGGCAGCUGAGCACAAAGGCAAAAUCGUCAUGCACGACCCGUUCGCCAUGCGGCCCUUUUUCGGCUACAACUUUGGGCGCUACCUAGAACACUGGCUGAGCAUGGAGGGGCGCAAGGGGGCCCAGCUGCCACGCAUCUUCCACGUCAACUGGUUCCGGCGUGAUGAGGCAGGCCGCUUCCUGUGGCCAGGCUUUGGGGAGAAUUCUCGUGUGCUAGACUGGAUCUGCCGGCGCUUAGAGGGCGAGGAGAGUGCCCGAGAGACCCCCAUCGGGCUGGUGCCCAAGGAAGGGGCCUUGAAUCUCAGCGGCCUGGGAGCCAUAGACACCACUCAGCUCUUCUCACUCCCCAAGGACUUCUGGGAACAGGAGGUGCGUGACAUUCGGAGCUACCUGACAGAGCAGGUCAACGAGGACCUGCCCAAGGAGGUGCUGGCUGAGCUGCAGGCCCUGGAGGAACGCGUGCGCAGAAUGUGACCCGAGGCUGCUUGCUGGCAGGAGAGCACAGCGUGCCCGUGGGGAUGGGGCGCCCCAGCUUGCAGGAGGUAGAAGCCAUUUGAUUGUAACUAACAUCUGCGCACCGGGGGACCAGCCCUUCUCACACGCCCUGUCCCAUAAUAAGAGAUGCUCGUUCAUUUUACACAA